CUUUACACUAUCUGUCAAACAGCUGGAUGAAGUAGAUAUGGGUAUGACGUAUGAUGAACUUUCAGUGUAUGGAAGAUUGCGUAAAAUUUUCCGCUGUGGACCCGUAUCAAUGUUCAAGAAUUUGUGUUACAAAUGGGGUACAAAGUUGACGCCUGCAGAGGUGGCUGACAAAGUGAAAUACUUCUUUAAAUAUUAUUCCAUCAAUAGACACAAGAUGACUGUACUAACCCCUUCAUAUCAUGCCGAGAGUUAUUCGCCCGAGGACAAUAGGUUUGAUUUGCGCCAGUUCUUGUACAAUGUCAGAUGGCCUUAUCAAUUUCGCAAGAUUGACGAACUUGUGAAUGAGCUUGAUGGUGAUAGAGUUGCUAUUACAAAAUCAACUGAGGGGGAAAAGGUCAAUGUUACGGCUGAUGGUGGGAUGGGUGUUGUGGCAGCAGGCUCGGGUGAUCCGAGGGCUGGCUUCUAAUUCUUGCUGAGGUUUUCCAUUGGUAUUUGUUCUAUGCACAAAGCUUUUUUCAUGUAACAUUUGAUCUUCGUGCAUAUUUCGUGGAUUAUGAGAACUUGUGAUAGAAAACCUUCUAGCAGCUUUUCAUUUUGAAGUUUUAUAUUUGCCAUGAGUGCUUUGAGUCUUCUGAAGGUUUAUA